GCGGCUGAGGCGAGAGGUCUGCGUGGGCUUCGUUUCUCUUCCUCCAGUACUACCCGCGAUAAAUAAGGGCAGGAAGCUCGAACUAUGUCCGCUAACAGGAACCUGAAGCAAGUGAGGAUCGAGAACAGCUCUCCGGCGGCCGCUCCGCCGAUGAGCAUGGUGGGCGGCGGCACCAUGAAAGGGCUCAGGGGUCUGGAGCAGCCGACGGAGAACGAAGCGCUGGCGGCGGCCAUGGUGAUGGGGAAGGAGGAAGAGGAGCAGAGCGGCGGCGGCUUCACCGUCGACAUCAAGAGCUUCCUCAAGCCCGGGGAGAAGAGCUACACGCAGCGGUGCCGCCUCUUUGUCGGGAACCUGCCCACCGACAUCACCGAGGAGGAUUUCAAGCGCCUUUUCGAGCGCUACGGGGAGCCCAGCGAGGUCUUUAUUAACCGGGACCGCGGCUUCGGCUUCAUCCGCCUGGAAUCUAGGACUCUGGCUGAAAUAGCAAAGGCGGAACUUGAUGGAACUAUUUUGAAGAGCAGACCACUUCGAAUUCGAUUUGCUACUCAUGGAGCUGCUUUAACUGUAAAGAAUCUUUCACCUGUUGUUUCAAAUGAACUUCUGGAACAAGCUUUCUCUCAAUUUGGUCCUGUGGAAAGAGCUGUUGUUGUUGUAGAUGAUCGUGGCAGAGCAACAGGGAAAGGCUUCGUAGAGUUUGCUGCAAAACCUCCAGCACGUAAAGCCCUAGAAAGAUGCAGUGAUGGAGCAUUCUUGCUGACAACAACCCCUCGACCUGUUAUUGUAGAACCUAUGGAGCAAUUUGAUGAUGAAGAUGGGCUGCCUGAGAAAUUAAUGCAAAAAACACAACAGUAUCAUAAGGAAAGAGAACAGCCACCACGUUUUGCCCAACCUGGAACAUUUGAAUUUGAGUAUGCUUCAAGAUGGAAGGCUCUUGAUGAAAUGGAAAAGCAACAGCGGGAACAAGUUGAUAGAAACAUUAGAGAAGCUAAGGAGAAACUGGAAGCAGAAAUGGAAGCAGCUCGACAUGAGCAUCAGUUAAUGUUGAUGAGACAAGAUCUUAUGAGGCGUCAAGAAGAACUGAGACGUUUGGAAGAACUUAGAAAUCAGGAGCUUCAGAAACGAAAGCAAAUACAAUUGAGACAUGAAGAAGAACAUAGGCGUCGUGAAGAAGAGAUGCUGCGACAGAGAGAACAAGAUGAAUUGAGGAGACAACAGGAAGGAGGAUUUAAGCCAAACUUCAUGGAUAACAGAGAACAGGAAAUGAGAAUGGGUGAUAUGGGUCCUCGUGGAGCAUUAAACAUGGGAGAUGCGUUUAGCCCAGCACCUGCUGGAAACCAAGGGCCUCCUCCUCCACCUCCAAUGAUGGGUAUGAAUAUGAACAACAGAGGAACAAUGCCUGGCCCUGCAAUGGGUCCUGUUCCUUCCUUGGGGCCAGAAGGAGCUGCAAACAUUGGAACCCCAAUGAUGCCAGAUAAUGGAGCUGUGCAUUCCGAAAGAUUCCCCCAAGGAGGUCCACCACAAAUGGGUUCACCUAUGGUCAGUAGGACAGGCUCUGAAACUCCUCAACCAGCUAUGGGUGGUGUAGGUGCCGUCAGUAGCGGACCCGGUGGCUUUGGUAGAGGAAACCCAGGGGGCAGCUUUGAAGGACCUAACAAGCGUCGCAGAUACUGAAACUUUUCAUUUCAUACUGUUGAGAAAAUUGAAUGACUAUGUGGUGUUAUGCCUUUAUAAUUUUAACUGUUACCUUGAAAACGGUUUUAUUGUUAAUGUAGUCAUCAAACGGGGGUUUGUUUUUUUUUGGUAACCUUUAGAUUUUUUUGUAUUCAAUCAUAGGCUUUAGCAUAGAGCAGAAAUAAUGUAUGUCAGAUGUUUGUGACUUCAGCAAAAUAUGUGACCAUGCUGUGAAACUUACAAUAAAAUAGAAAAAAAAUACUUUAAAUGAUUUUGAAACAUCAUUAUGAAUACUGUCCUCAACUUUAAUUGUAAGUGUACGUUUUAGUUUUUCUUUAUAACGCCUAUCUUCUCAAAAGAAAAUGCUUUAUCCAUUGUAACUGUACACAAAUGAAAAUGCAGCUUUCAAUACUCACUAGAAUAAAUAUUGAGGCUACAGCAGCUUUAGAACAACUGAAACAUUUAAUAAGCCAUUAUAGAUCUGUUAAUACAAUAAAAUAUAUGUUUCCAGCGUGUACAAACCUACUUGCAAUGGGAUUGUCAUCACAAUGUAUUCUUUGUUCUACUUUCAAAUAAAACUUUUUGAGUCUUGAAAGAUCUCCAAGUA